AGGGGCCGCCGCUGCCCGGGGAGCCAACUUGACACGAGCGAGGGAGGCGCGGAGGAGCGCGUGCUGCUGCUGCUGCUGCUGCUGCUGCUGCUGGGGAAAUGGAACUGCGCAACCGGGGCGGAGCGGUCCCUGCGCGCCCCGCCGGGCGCAGCGCUGGCUCCAGCCUGCUGGCCGCGGGCUGCCGGUGUCCUCCGGGGGGGCUGAUGCUGCUGCCGCAGGAUUGGGUUCCCGCACCAUGGCCGAAGCAUAGCCGCUGUCCCCCCCCGCCAGCCGAGCCCCGUGGGCCGACUCGCUGCGUGGGCCCCGUGUGGGGGGGGAGUCAGCCCAUGAGAAAGCAGCGACGGGACUCCCCCUGUUUCGCUCUGUGAUUUCAGUCCUUGUUAGGAGACAAAUGUGAAAGAUGAUUGGUGGCCACGUGAGGGACAUCGUGCGAUUGGUUGUCUUUUAGGAGAAAGAGACCCAGUCCCUAGCAGGCGUUGUAUGUACCAUUGACUGGAGGAGGGGGUCAAAUAGAACCCGGAGAAAAACGCAGCCACCAGCGACUGGGUGGGGGCACCCGUCGCUCAGAUCCGGGGGUGGUGGAGGGGGGGUACCAAGACGCACCCAGUGCGGCAGGAGUGACUGGAUGCAUCGCACGGUGGAACAGAUAGGGGGCCGUGCUGGACGGGAUCCCUUUUCUCUCGGCAACGUGGGCUGGAGCUCGUGCCAUCCCCGCCCAUGGCUCCCGGGCGGCAGGUGCUCUGCCAGCGUCGGUCAGCCUCCGAUGCCUCCACACCUGCCGCCCAACCAUGGGUCUAACAUGGGGCAACACAGCAAGGGUUAUUUCCCCCCAGGGAACCUGGCCCCCCGCCCGCUGCAUGGGAAACUGGAGGCCAUCCAUGGCUGCGUCCAGGCCCUGCUCCGUGAUCAGGGGCAGCCUCAGCUCUGGGAGCAGCUGGGGGAGAUCUACGAGUCGGAGCAGGACUGGGACGAAGCGCUGCGCUGCUUCCAGAACGCCGCCCGGUAUCUGCGCGACUACGAAAACUACAACAAGAUCCACGCCCGGAUUGGACACGUGCAGCAGGCUCAGCUGUGGAAUUUCCAUUCGGGGUCGUCUCAUCACCGGCCAAAAUCUUUGCCCCCCCUGCAGCACUUCUGGAAUCUCUUGCACCUUGAGAAGAGGAACUUCUCGGCCAAACGCAACCCCCAGCUGAAGAGACCUGGCCCGCCGAUGGAGCCCCCCAUGGUCCAGCCCAUCCCCCCAGUGCAGCACCCGCCCCACCCGGGCCACGGCGAAGAGAUGCCCGCCCCCAUGAAGAGACGGAGGAGCACCAGUCCCGACCAGAAUGGUAACGGGGUGAGCCAGCAUCUUCCUGGGCCUGGUGUCCCCGGAAACCCCCACUACCAGCUGCCUAAACCAGGGCUCUGGAACCCCCUUCAUGGAGAUUCGUGGGGCCAGGAACGCAAGAUCGUGACUGCCCCAGAGAGACAAGAGCAGAGGAGCUCGGUGGCUCAUCCCUUCCCGUACCCGUCUCCCGCCUACGGCUCCCACCUGCCCCCGCACCGCCUGCCAGCCGUGGCGCCCAGCCCCCGCACACCGCCAGCACACCGCCCCCCCCUCGAGAGCCAUGGCUGCCUGUCCCGGCCCAACGGAAGUGACCUUAGAGACAGCCGUGUGCCCCGGGCGCGCCCAGACUCCACCGCCACACCAGCAACUGUUGCCUGCGUGCCUUACGCCCCGCGUCCCACCCCGGGAGGGCUCCCCGCCACCAGCAAGACCACCUCGCGGGGGCAGCCGAAUCCUGACAGCCUUGGUACUGAUCAUUACCAAACCCCGGCAUUGGAACCAUCCAGUUCUGCCCAGGAGAGCAGUGGGCGCAAACCCCCGCCGCCCCCACGCCCAGCCCCCUGCCUUGCCCCCCGCAACCUGCCCUGCUCCCGCAUGCCGCCACCCCCAACCAUCACCAGGGGGGUGCCACCAGCAGCGGCACCACCCCCCGCUGCCCCACAGUGCCCUCCCCCAACGCCCCCUCCCCCACCGCCUCCCCCUCCCCCACCACCUCCGUUGCCCUGGCUGAAGAGCCCAGCAUUCAGCAGCAAAGCAGAAGGGAAAUCCAGUGGGGACCCCCUCGACGAUCUUUUGUUUGGGUGUGGGGAACCCCGUAGGGGGGAGCCCCCACCACUGGGAGCCUGUGACUCGGGGCACAGCUUCCAGGAUGCCACCAGCAGCAGUCAGAAAGGGGCCUUCACUCAGCCCAGGGAAGGGGAGGUGGAAGAGGCCAGCCCCCAACAUUCAGCCAGCCCCAAGCCCCCCGAGCCGGUCCCCGACUUGUGGAUGCCAGAAAGCAGCCGGGAGGAGAAGGCAUCUGGGGGCACCAGGGCCCUGAGCCCAAGCCCCACAAUUACCUCAGGAACCUUCAGGUCCCCAGAGAGUCCCCCUCAGCUGCCAACCCUGACCCCACCUCCGCCCCCACCCCCCCAGCCGCCGCGAGCCUCCUACCCAAAGAACCCAGACCCGGUCGUGGUGCCUGCUGCCACGGAGGCCACCCCUGCCGGUCUCUUUGGCUACACCAGUCCCACCCUAGAGGAUCAAUUUGAGGAGCCCCCCGAAUUGAUUCUGGCCGACGGCCUCGCAAACAUCAUGAAGAUGUUGGACGAAUCGAUCCGACGUGGAGAGGAAGAGCGAGAGGAGACCUUCCCCCCGCCGCCCCCUCCUGCCCCACUCCUUCCGAGCCCUCCGCCUCUGGCGAGGCCAAAGCCGCCAGCCCCGUCUACCGCCUCCUUCGACUACCCUAAGCCCCUUGGACAGGAUCCACCAGAGCCGCCCUGCCUUUACCGGUUCGGCAAGCGAGACGGGGAAGAGCGGCCCCCAGCGGCGGCGGGAGGCAAGUUUACCCACCACGGCCCUCCGUCAAUGCUGAAGUCUUUGGCCAACAUAUUGGAGGGGCAGAAACACUCCUAUCGGCCCAAACCGCUUACCCCCUCAGGUGCUAAGCUUCCUCCUCCAGCCGGCGCCAGCCAGAGUGCUGCGCCCCAUUUCUCUACCUCAAGCCAAGCCUGGGCUGGAGGAGCGGGGACUGUAGAGGAGCGGGCGGCCACCCCUCCGCCCCCACCCGCCCCCCGGCCAAUCAAGACUGAGUCGGAGGCCCUAGAGGAGAUUACCCGUGCAUGCGAGACUCUGGUGGAGCGUGCAGGGCGCGAGAAGAGCCCCCCGCCUCCCCCAGCUUCCCCGCCCCCGGCUUCCCCUCCCCCGCCGCCUCCGCCUCCCACCCCCCUUUCAGCUCCCACCCUGCCGCCGCCGCCAGCCCCGCACCCCAAGGAUGAGUCUCGGAAGCGGGAUCGGGAACACCGGCGGCAUCGCCGAUCCAAGGACGGGUCGCGGAGGCACCGAGACGGCAAAGCUCACAAGGAGAAGAACCGGCAGAUCCUGGGCAGCCUGGACGUGCAGAGCUCGGAGAGCCAGGCCCGGGAGAACGGAGCGAAGCCCCCGCCUCCCCCGCCACCGCCUGUGGCCCCCCAGCCCGAGCGGCGGCCUCCCGGCAAGAAGGAGGAAGGGCCCGUCAGCACCUGCUCCACCGUCAUGUGCUCGGCCGACCUCCUCAAGUUGCGCUCCUUCACCGAAGGGCCCCCCAAGGAGCUGAAGAUUCGGCUCAUCAAGGUGGAGAGUGGAGAUAAGGAGACCUUCAUCGCCUCGGAGGUGGAGGAGCGGCGCAUCCCCUUGAGCGAGCUCACCAUUAACCAUUCGGCGGCCGAAGUGGUGCGAGCCAGCAAGCACGCCAAGGUGAAAGGCAAAUUCAAGGAAUCUUACCUGUCUCCCUCCCACUCCGUCAAGCCUCAGAUCAACGUGGACGAGAAGCUCCCGCGGGACAAACUCAACCCUCCCACCCCGAGCAUAUACUUGGAGAGCAAGCGCGACGCCUUCUCGCCCGUGCUCCUGCAGUUCUGCACCGACCCGAAAAACCCCAUCACCGUCAUCCGGGGUUUGGCGGGUUCCCUCCGCCUCAACUUGGGCCUGUUUAGCACAAAGACGCUGGUGGAGGCGAGCGGGGAGCACGCGGUGGAGGUCCGUACGCAGGUGCAGCAGCCCUCGGACGAGAACUGGGACCUCUCGGGGUCGAAGCAAGUGUGGCCCUGCGAGAGUAGCCGGUCGCACACCACCAUCGCCAAGUAUGCCCAGUACCAGGCCGCCUCCUUCCAGGAGUCCCUGCAGGAAGAUAAAGAGACGGACGAUGAGGAAGCCGAUGAGCCCGACAGCACCACGGAAACGCCCCCAAGCAACCCUGACCAGAAACCGCACCAGAUCAUCAAGUUUGGGACCAACAUUGACCUCUCGGACGCAAAGCGGUGGAAACCACAGCUGCAGGAGUUGCUGAAGCUUCCGGCUUUCAUGAGAGUCACGUCGACGGGGAACAUGCUGAGUCAUGUAGGGCACACCAUCCUGGGCAUGAACACGGUGCAGCUCUACAUGAAAGUGCCUGGCAGCCGCACACCAGGUCAUCAGGAGAACAACAACUUCUGCUCCGUGAAUAUCAACAUUGGUCCAGGGGACUGUGAAUGGUUUGCUGUCCAUGAGCAUUACUGGCAAAAUAUCAGUGCCUUCUGUGACAGGCAUGGUGUGGACUACCUGACUGGUUCGUGGUGGCCCAUCCUGGAAGAUCUCUACCAGUCCAACAUCCCCGUCUACCGCUUCAUCCAGCGCCCCGGAGACCUCGUGUGGAUCAACGCAGGGACCGUGCACUGGGUGCAGGCCACCGGCUGGUGCAAUAACAUUGCUUGGAACGUCGGCCCGCUCACAGCUUACCAGUACCAGCUGGCGCUGGAGCGCUACGAGUGGAACGAGGUGAAGAACGUCAAGUCCAUCGUCCCCAUGAUCCACGUCUCCUGGAACGUCGCCCGGACCGUCAAGAUCAGCGACCCCGACUUGUACAAGAUGAUCAAGUAUUGUCUGAUGCAGUCCAUUAAACACUGCCAAGUCCAACGGGAGAGUUUGUUGCGGUCGGGGAAGAAGAUUGCCUACCAGGGGCGGGUGAAAGACGAGCCGGCCUACUACUGCAACGAGUGUGAUUUGGGGAUUCCCUCCUCUCCUUCGGGCCUUGCCCAGCUGACAGCCAGCCGGGGCUCUUGAGAGAGUAGAAGUUUCCAAACAGUAAGUAUGCACCGCGGGGGUUUUACCAACGGCAGCCGGGGAGGAGAAGAGGGAGAGGAGCGUCUCCGCCACAGGUUGACACGGGAGGCAGGAAGAAGCCGCUCUCUGCCCCCUCCAACGGGGGGCAUCGCUAGACCGGACGCAGAGAGGCGUCUGCUGGAGGGUUUUCCUCGGCUCUCCCCGGCCAGCAUUGGAGGUGGCCGGUGGCCAGGUGUGAAGAGGAAGCGCCCGUGGAGAUCCCGAAGGAGCCUGGAGACGCCAAACAAGGGCGAAGGACCCCGGUGGGUGCAGCAGCAACUGGCUGGAAGGCAGGCGCAUGGAGCCGCUGGGGUGCUCACCUGGACCGGGAGAGGGUGGCAUCCUGGUGAGGGAGCACAGAACAUGACCCAGGAGCAUGGAUCCAGUGGAGGCUUGGUUAGACGGGCGCGGACAGACCGGGAGCUUGGCUAGGGCAGCCCGGUAUCUGGUGGAGCAGAGGGAGCUGCCAUAUACUGAGCCAGACCUGUGGUCCGUCUUGCUCUGUAUUGUCUACACGGACUGGCAGCAGCAUCUCCAAGGUUUCAGGCAGGAGUCUCUCCCAGGCCUGCCUGGAGAGGCUGCCGGGAAUAGGAACCUGAGACCUUCUGCGUGGCAAACAGGGGCGCUCUCACUGAGCUGUGGUCCUAUGCUAAGGGGAGUAUCUUCCAGCAGAUGGUGCUCACCUGUAGCCACCCAUCCAAAUGCAAACCAGGAUAGACUCUGCUUAGCAAAGGGGACCAUUCGUGCUCACUGCUGCAAGACCAGGAUGGUGAGGCAGGGGCAGUAAUGAUGCAGCCGCUCUAGGGAGAGUGGAAAACAUCCACUAGCCUCUUUAGGGGUGCAUUAGAGUUAGUUGAGCAGCCCUGAAAUGCCUUGAGCUGCAUUGGUGAAGUUUCUUUUUAUCUGAGCCACGUAGACAGUGAGCAGGGCUUUGUAGGACUGGUGAGGGAGACUCCGCUAAUUUGGAGAAGCUGCACAGACGGGCUGAGGAAGGAACCAUCCAGUAACUCUUGUCAACCAGGGGCAUGCACAGGGCAGUGACUCGGGGCUAAAGAGAGAGGAUCAGUAGUUGGACUUGGCUGAACAGAGAGAGGGUAGUUCAGCCGUGUGGUGCUUAUAGGAGGAAACAACUGAAGAUCAGGCCGGUGUUGAAAUUUGGGUGCAGGAAAGAAGUCACGGAAGUCUGAGCUUCCCUGGCAUGUGGCUGCCUGCCUGAGCCCAGCACAGAAGCCAGCAUUGAACUUUUCUUCACACAAGUCCUGAUUCAUUCAAGAGCCACAGAGUGCAAGAAAGAACUUGGCAGGAAGACACCAAGAUUUCCAGACGCCUCUUACUACUAGAAAUACACCAAGAAGAGCUGGAUUAGCAAACCUGGAGAAGCGGUCGUUGCAACAUACUACCUGUACCCAGCCAGGGAAGGGUAGGGCGCUUGAGGGGCUGAAUUCCUUCCUCCAGCCUGGAAGUGGCAGAUUGCUUUCGGGGCCGCGUCUUGUAAUAAACCCCUACCCUCUUGGGUUCGUGUUCUGGUUCUUUUUUUCCUUCCAAAGCAGCCUCCCUUUGCUUUCUGGUGCGAAAUCUCCUUCAACCACUGUAGGGCUUGCUUGGUUCCUGGUGCACACUGGACUUCCUUUUGCCAACCCAGGGGCAGCAGAACCAUCCAUGGUGCAUGUGCUUGUGUUGGAGAAGCCAGUGCCAGGUGGUGCACGGAUCCAGUGAGCGGCAGCUGUCCCAGAGCCCAUCACAGCUGCUGGUUGCUGCUGGCCGUGUCCAUGCAGAGACCCGCAGUAGUGGGGAAGCGUCCAGCCCGGAAGACGCUGGCUGAUCUAGUCCGUGAGCCAGGCCCACCAAUUCUGGCCAUCAGGACUAUCUUGGGGGCAAAUGCCCAUCGUGAUUUUUGGCAGUGUCUGCGCCUCUAGAGAUGGAAAAUAGAGGACAGCUUUGUUGUACUUACAAAUUCCUCUGUGUGUGAUCACCCCUUCUUUAUCCCUAGUCCCAAAUGAUUAGGGUAAAAUUGCAGGCAUUUCUGCACAGAGGAAAGGAUUAGGGUACGCUCUCCAUGCAAUACUCCCUGGAGGGCAUUCCUGCCUGUUUUUCUUUCAUUUUCUUUGACAACACUGGUAGAAUGUUAUAGUAGCUUCUGUGUUUUUAAAACACUGUUGCAAAUUUGGCGGCUGCAGAAGCCAGCAUUGAACUUUUCUUCUCUGAUCACACAAGUCCUGAUUCAUUCAAGAAUCAGGAAUGAAUCAGGAAUGACCAUUUUAAUGGUCAGGAGGAGCAUUAAAAAAUAUAGAUACUUUGAUUUUUGAUUUUUUUUAAAAAAAAUUAUUUUUUGUUUUGUGUUACGAUUUGUUUGUCAUGUUUUGUAUUGGCUGUGCUCUAAUGCUGUGUUGUGAGCUGCCCAGAGAACAACUUGUUAUGGGGCAGCUAACAAACAAAGUUUAUUUAUUAUUAUUGAUAAAAGCAUGAUUACCCACACUGAAAGCUUCACGCAUUGUGAUGCUAUCGCCUUCCCCCCAUGCCUAGGGAUGUGGAUCUUGUCAAAAUCGCAUCUCAAUUCAAAUCUGGGGGGGACAGAUCAGAAAUGUGUCCUCCCGGAUGGUACUGCCCACCCCAGCUGGCUCAUGUUCUAACUAGCACAGAAUACACAGACACGCAAACUCCGUAUUGGGGCACCCCCCUGUGGUGAAAGUGAGGCACAACCAUAGACGCCAUCCAGUGAGAGCAGAGCAGACACCGCAGAAGCAUGCAGAGAUUUUUUUCUUUUUCUUUUUAACUUGCUGUGAUUUGGUUUUUUUGCUGCUUUUUUUUUCUAAAUUGGGGAACUUGACAUUAAGAAAAGUGUGUUUGGUGGGGGCAAGUUCAGGUUCUAAAAAGUUCUAACAGGACCAUCAAAGAAGUGCUGUUUUGUGGGUGUUCUUACAAAAUCUGUUUAUUUCUUGCUUGUAUAUCCUGCUCUUCCUCUGAGGAGCCCAGAGCGGUCACCGCACAGGGUUAUUUUUAUCCUCACAACAACCUUGUGAGGUAGGUUGGGCUGAGAGAUAAGGGACUGGCCCAGGGUCACCCAGCGAGGUUCAUGACUGAAUAGGGAAUUGAAUCCGGGUCUCCACGCUCCUAACCCAACACUCUUAACUGCUGCUUUAAUGGGAGAAGGCGGAGGAGGAAGGUCUUUGAGGAGGGUAGCUAGGAUGUCAUACAAGGCAUCCCAAUCUUGGGCCCUCAGAUGAUGUGGGAUGACAACUCCCAUCAUCCUUUGCCACAGCCCCGAUUGUGGGCGCUAGGCCUUCUGAGGUUCCUAGGGUCGUUUGUGGCAGAGGAAGAAAGGAUCUUCUGUGAGCAGGCUCACUCACUUGGGGGUGUUUCCUUUCCACUCCUUUGAGACUAGUCCCUGGUGAUCCUGCUUCCUGACUCCUCCCCUUCUCCCAUUCUGAGCCCUGAUUGGCAAGGGGGCGUGGCCUUCUUCCAAGGGGGCGGGCACUAAUGCCAGUGUGCCCUUGCAGGUGGAGGUCUUCAACAUCCUCUUCGUGACCAGCGAAAACGGCAGCAAGAACACGUACCUGGUCCACUGCGAAGCCUGUGCCCGGAAGCGGAGUGCUUCCCUCCACGGCGUGGUGGUGUUGGAGCAGUACAAGACAGAGGAAC